GAGCCAAACGCUCUGCGCUUCCCCCACCCCCGCCCAUUCAAGUAGACGCCGCUCUCGUCCCGUUUAGGCCUAUUCCACCGGACUGGGCUCGCAUCCUCUCCUUCGCUCGAUCCCCUCCCCUCCCCACCUCUGGGCCAAAACCACAAAGCCUUCAGACCCUCCGCCCUCAGACUUCGCUGCUCCACCUCCACUACUACAUCGCUCUCGUCGACCUCGUCCUCGCAUUCCGCUCGCUUCCAAUCCUUUAGGGCUCGAGCCCUCCCAUCCUGGAGGGACUUCCUGUACUCUCCUCUCUCUUCUUUGCCAAGCGCCACCUUUUUCUCCCGUGUACUUGCGACCUCCUCCUCGCAUUCAGCCUCCGGACGUUCUGUUCUCUUCUUCACGCCUUGCGCCUCGUGUCUUUCGUAAAUUCUCUCCGACCGACCAGCGCGGUGUUUGCUUAUCCGUCUUUCCCGACUCUCUCUCGCAGGCUCUUGUUUAGAAUCUGACUGCUCGUCAUUUGCGGUUUGCGCUUCUGGCCCCGGAGCGUCGUCGUACACAGCUUAUGCUCCGUGCAAAUCUGUGGUGAAAUCUGGAGAAGAUCUGCACCCGAAUUUUCUCGCUUAAUUGUCCGUCGGGCUGCUGUGGGUCGAGCGCAGCGAGUAGUGCGUCCUCUGUAGAGCUGUACCGGGCGGAAAAUGUGCUCCACGAUUCACAUUGAUUUGUGAUAUAUAAAGUCAGCGUUGUGCGGGCUUGCGGCUGUAAUUGUGUGAUUGGAGCCUCUGAGAUUGGCAACGUUGAGAGUCUUCAGGAGAAGAGGCGGACCCGAAGACAUCAAUUUGCUGAUUUCGUCGACAAUGCCGCCAUAUGCUAGCGAGUCGUUGGGAAAGGAGUCGCACGACCUGUUUCUGAACAUAAUGCCGAGAUCGGUGGAUGGAGCGAUUAUCGUCGGAGCAGGACCCUCAGGAAUGGCCACUGCCGCAUGUCUCAAGGAGAAGGGCGUGCCCAGCAUCGUCCUCGAGAAGGCCGAAUGCAUAGGGUCCCUCUGGAAGCACAAGACGUACGAUCGCCUACACCUGCACAUUCCAAAGGAGUUCUGUGAGCUGCCGCUCAUGCCUUUUCCUGCGUCGUACCCGACAUAUCCGAACAGGCAACAGUUUCUGGAUUACCUAGAGGAAUACGCCAGACAUUUUGACAUCCAGCCUCAUUUUAAUGAAAGUGUGCAAAGUGCCCAUUACGACGAAAGCUCGCAGUUGUGGCGCGUGAAUACUCAGACGACGGGGAAGUCGUCCUGCAACAAAAUUGAGGAGUAUACGGCCCGGUGGCUAAUUGUGGCGUCCGGGGAGAAUGCUGAGAUCGUCACUCCAAAGCUCCCUGGCAUGAAAGAUUACCAAGGCGAUCUGCUGCAUUCCAGCAAGUACAAGAAUGGUUCAGAAUACGUCGGGAAGAAAGUGCUCGUUGUGGGAUGUGGAAAUUCGGGGAUGGAAAUUGCCUUGGAUCUCGCCAACUUCAGCGCGAAGCCAUCUCUUGUGGUUCGUGGCCCGGUCCAUGUUCUCCCACGAGAGAUUUUUGGCACGUCAACCUUCUCAGUAGCAGUGAAGCUGAUGAGGACCUUUCCAGUUUGGUUGACGGACUGGUUAUUGGUCUUUUAUACUUGGUUGACUUUGGGCAAUGUGGCGAACUACGGAUUCAAUAGACCGAAAGAAGGCCCAAUGGAGCUGAAAGACAAGGUCGGGAAAACUCCGAUACUGGACGUGGGCACGCUGAAUAAGAUCAAAAGCGGUCACAUUAAGGUUGUACCACGGGUUGUGUCAUUAACGAGUUCAGGCGUUCGGUUCGAAAAUGGUUUAACGGACUCGUACGAUGCAGUGAUUCUUGCAACGGGAUAUCGGAGUAACGUACCGAGAUGGCUCAAGGGUGAGGAGAAGUUUUUCGCCGAUGAUGGCUUCCCCAAGCGACCGACAACGAAUGGCUGGAAGGGUGAGCACGGACUUUACGCCGUAGGACUCACACGGAAGGGUCUAUUAGGAGCUUCCAUGGACGCCAGGAAUAUCGCCGAGGAUAUUAGGAAAGCAUACGACACACGAAAUCUUGUGUCCAGAGCUUCCGAGAUUUUGUAGAGAUACAUGUUUAGAAUUUUCGUCUUAAUCUAGCGUUACGGUAGCUAGCAGGACUUUUCCUCAUACUAGAGUAGCCGAUAUAGCGAGGAGAUUGCCGCCCGAAAGUUUUGUCAUACGAGAUAGUUAGUCACCCAUGAGGCCUCGUAGGAAUACGAAGACGACAUGCCCUCUGUACAUUACAAUUUUUUGGCAUGUGGUCUGCCAACCACCUUCAUCGAAAACAAUAAAAGAGAUAAGGACACGAAUAUCAUUACGCCGAAAUUGCAGUCACUGUAAGGAGGUUUUCUUCGGAAGUGAAGUUAUAUUUCG